UCCUAGCAAUAGCUCCCCACCCGCUUUGUUUGCUGAGCGUCGCCUCCCGUAUCUCCUUGGCCCGCGGCCCAGCCAGGCUCUAUAUAACACAGACCAGAGCCAGGGAAGGUUCAGUCCUUGAGUCUCAGCAGGGAUCCGGAGCCACCGCUCAGACGGGAGACCCAGCCCCAGAACAAGGGUGCUCUGUAGACCCCAUGGCCCACCAGGGACACCCCCUGCUGCUGCUGGCCUGGCUGGCCACGUGUCUGGCUCUGGCCAGCGGGGAGACUCGCUACGAGAAGUUCUUGCGGCAGCACGUGGAUUACCCAGAGAGCAGCGCCCCGGACGCCCGGACCUACUGCAGCCAGAUGAUGCAGCGCCGGGGCCUGGCCUCGUCCACCUGCAAGUUCACCAACUCCUUCGUCCAUGCCCCUGCUGCCACCAUCAGCACCAUCUGCGGCUCCGGGGGGGCCCCGGCGAGCGGGGAUCUGCGGGACAGCAACGCCGCCUUCGCCGUCACCACCUGCCGGCUGCAGGGUGGGUCGCAGAAACCGCCCUGCAGGUACAACGCCGACGUGGGCACCCAUCGCAUCCGCAUCGCCUGCCAGGAGGGGCUCCCGGUGCACUAUGACAGAUCCCUCUAGCCUGCGCCCACUGCACAGCACUGCCCAGCCUCUGCCUCCCCGUCCCA